CGGGAGCAGCCGGCAGCCUCGGCCCCUUCCCGGAGCGACAUUCAAACUCGCGCCCGCGUUGCGGCGGCACCUGGGUGGCUUCGCGCGCCGUGCGUUCUGGAUCCAGCCGGGCGGCCGCUGCUCGAACCUCCCCGGAGCGCCCCCACCAGGCAGCAAUGCCAGAAUGCCCGUCUCUGCCUCGCUCCACCAAGAUGGCAGCCAGGAGCGGCCGGUGAGCCUGACCUCCACCACCUCCUCGUCAGGCUCCUCCCGUGACAGCCGCGGGACCAUGGAGGAGCCCAGCGGCUCCGAGGCUUCGGCCGAGAACGGGGCGGGCUCCCCGCGCGGCCGGCAUCUCCCCAACAGCAACAACUCCAGCAGCUGGCGGAGCAUGAGGGGGCCCCUGUCCCCUUUCAGCAGCCGGGCGUCGGUGGCGCCUGCGCACAAGCUCAGCUACGUGGGUCGAGUAGUGCGGGAAAUCGUGGAAACGGAGCGCACGUACGUGCAGGACCUGCGCAGCAUCGUGGAGGACUACCUCUUGAGGAUCAUUGACACGCCUGGGCUGCUGAACCCGGAGCAAGUCAGUGCCCUCUUUGGGAACAUAGAAAGCAUCUACGCACUGAACAGCCAGCUACUCAGAGACCUGGACAGCUGCAAUAGUGACCCGGUGGCUGUGGCCAGCUGCUUUGUGGAAAGGAGCCAGGAGUUUGAUAUCUACACCCAGUAUUGCAACAACUACCCCAACUCAGUGGCCGCCCUGACCGAGUGCAUGCAGGACAAGCAGCAGGCCAAGUUCUUUCGGGACCGGCAGGAGCUGCUGCAGCACUCACUGCCCUUGGGCUCCUACCUCCUAAAGCCAGUCCAGCGCAUCCUCAAGUACCACCUGCUACUCCAGGAAAUCGCCAAACAUUUUGAUGAGGAAGAGGAUGGCUUUGAGGUGGUAGAGGACGCCAUUGACACAAUGACUUGCGUGGCCUGGUACAUCAAUGACAUGAAGAGGAGACAUGAACACGCAGUCCGGCUCCAGGAGAUUCAGUCUCUGCUCAUCAACUGGAAGGGGCCAGACCUGACCACCUAUGGGGAGCUCGUCCUGGAGGGCACAUUCCGCGUGCACCGUGUGCGCAGCGAGAAGACCUUUUUCCUCUUUGACAAAGCACUGCUCAUCACCAAGAAGCGGGGAGAUCACUUUGUCUACAAGGGUCACAUCCCGUGCUCCUCCCUGAUGCUGAUUGAGAGCACCAGAGAAUCCCCGUGCUUCACCGUCACACACUACAAGCACAGCAAGCAGCAGUACAACAUCCAGGCCAAAACUGUGGAGGAGAAACGGAGCUGGACUCACCACAUCAAGAGGCUCAUCCUGGAGAACCACCAUACCACCAUCCCCCAGAAGGCCAAAGAAGCCAUCUUGGAAAUGGAUUCCUAUUAUCCCAAUCGGUACCGCCACAGCCCAGAGCGCCUGAAGAAGGCCUCCCAGGAUGAGGUGUCCAGCGAUGUGCACCAGGGGCGCCGGCAGUCUGAGCCUGGUCAGCUCCUGUACAACUGGGCGACACUCCCCAGCAGGCAGCGAGGCUUCACGGUGCCAGGCCUUAAGGGCCAUAGAAAGUCGGAGCCAUCCAGACAUCUGCUCAGGCAACUCAGCGAGAAAGCCAGAGCAGCAGGGAUGAAGCAUGCGGGCAGUGUCGGCACGCUCCUGGACUUUGGACAGCCCCCCUGUGCUCGGGGCCUGCGGUCGGAGGCUGAAGGGGCUGCCCGGGAGGAGCAGGAGGAGGAGGAGGAGGAGGUGGUGGAGGAGGAGGAGGAGGAGGAGGAAGAGCAGGCCUUUCAGGUCGCUCUGGAGGACCUGGCAGGGCAUGAAGGCAGCGAGAAGGGGGCCAGGCCAGAGCCCCCAGGCGAGGAGGAGGAGGAGGAGGAGGAGGAGGAGGAGAGCCUGGCAGUGGCGGAGCAGGUAGCCGACUUUGCCAGCUCCCUGCUGGCCGCCCUCCACUGCUGGCACUAUCGGGCCAACGCUUUACUUUUCUCCCGGGGCGCUAUGGGGAAGGGGCGCAGGGAGCCCGAAGACCCCAAGAGCUGCAGAAGGCCCAGCAGCCAAUCUCCAACCACCGCUGAGAAGUGCCUGAGCUUUGAGUCUGUGUCUUCCCUGCCGGAGGUUGAGCCAGACCCUGAGUCUGGGACAGAGCAGGAGGUGUCGGCUGCCAUGGAAGGUCCCAGGACCGAGGAGAUGCCCUCAGACACAGAGGCUCCAGAAGUCCUAGAAAUGCAGCUUGACACCCACCAGCUGCUGCUGGGACUGGACCCCCCGGGUGACAUGGUGGACUUCAUGGUGGCCGAGAGUACCGAGGACCCUAAGGUCCUGAGCAGUGAGGACGAGGAGGAAGAGAUGGGGGCCGCCCACGAGCCCGAGAGCCUCCUGCCUCCCUCUGUGCUGGACCAGGCCAGCGUCAUUGCCGAGCGGUUCGUCAGCAGCUUCUCUCGGCGGAGCAGCCUGGCACUGGAGGACGGCAAGUCCAGCGGCUUCGGGACCCCGAGGCUGACCAGCCGGAGCAGCAGUGUGAUCAGCCUAGAGGACAGUGAGAAGGGCCUGGGCCCCCGUGGGAGCACCACAGACUCCCUGGGCUCUCAGCUCCCUCCAGAAGCGGACAUCAGUAUGGGGGUGGCCGCAGAGAGUGACCCUUCUGUCAACGGGACGGAGCCCCAGAGCCCAGGCUGCCCAGCGGAGCCAGACAGGCCUUCCUGCACGAAGGAAUCGAAGCUUUCUUCCCGAGACCGGCUGUUGUUGGACAAAAUCAAGAGCUACUAUGAAAGUGCAGAGCACCACGAUGCAGGCUUUAGCGUCCGGCGCCGGGAGAGCCUCUCCUUCAUCCCCAAAGGACUGGUGAGAAACUCAGUCUCCAGAAUCAACAGCCUUCCCAGGCCAGACCCGGAGCCACUGGCUCCGCUGGGGCAUAAGAGACAGGUGGGCUCGCGGGCAGCCUCAUGGGCCCUCUUUGACUACCCAGGACCAGGCCAGGCUCGUGCUGGGGACCCAGCUCCCAUCACAGAUGCUGAGUUCCGCCCGUCUUCGGAAAUUGUGAAGAUCUGGGAGGAAAUGGCGUCUCCUGAGGGGAGCCCUCGGAAAGGAGCAGGCCAAGGCCAGGCCAAUAGCUUUGACCUGCACGAGCCCCUCUUCAUCCUGGAGGAGCGUGAGCUGGGGGCCAUCACUGAGGAGUCGGCCGCUGCCUCGCCGGAGAGUGCCUCCCCCACUGAGCCACCCAGCCCGGCCCACCUGGCCCAGGAGCUGAAGGAGCUGGUGAAGGAGCUGAGCAGCGGCGCCCAGGGGGAGCUGGUGAGCCCGCUACACCCCCGCAUCCUGCAGCUCUCCCACGUGAUGGACAGCCACGUGAGCGAGCGAGUCAAGAGCAAGGUCUACCAGCUGGCUCGCCAGUACAGCCUCCGGAUCAAGGGCAAGUCGGUGACAGCCAGGCCACCGCAGCCGUGGGAAAAGGUGGCUGCCACCACCCCCCACCUGCAGCAGGAGGCUGGAGCACCAUCUGGUGGCAGAGGUAAGAGGAAACCAGUGCUGUCUCUCUUCAACCACGAGCAGCCCACAGCCCAGGAACACAGCCCGCCCAAGCCCGGCUCUGCCAGGGAGAUAUCGCCACGGCGUUUCUCCUUCAGCCCCUCGGCCACCAGCCCGAGGACCCCCUCGCCUGGGGCCUGGCACAUCCCCCGAAGCCCCCGAAGCCCCUUGGACACCGAGACUUUCAACUGGCCCGAUGUCCGAGAGCUCUGCUCCAAAUAUGCCUCCCAGGACGAAGCGCUCCAGGCCAAGGGCAGCCGGCCGCGCAACCUGCCCGUCAACCGGAGCCACUCGCUGCCGGAGAACAUGAUGCAGCCGCAGCCGCCCCUGUCGGGGAAGGUGGGCCGCUGCUGCAGCCUGAACGCCAGGAGGGCCCCGGCAGGCCCAGGGGUCGCCCAGCCUCAGCCUCUGGCGGGUUCACCCCCAAGCGCGCCGGACGGAGGGGAGGCCCUGUACGUCACCGCAGACCUCACACUGGAGGACAACCGGCGGAUGGUUGUCAUGGAGAGGGGACCUCUGUCCGGCCCCAACGCGGGACUGGAGGCAACCAGCGGGCGGGGACCGAGCUCACCAGCAGCCCAGGCGGGGCAGGGCCCGGAGUUCCAGGAGUGUGCAGAGUAUCGGCCUAAAGAAGAGGGUCCCAGGGACCCGGCAGACCCAAGCCAGCAGGGCAGAGUGAGGAGCCUGCGGGAGAAAUUCCAGGCCUUGAACUCCACAGGUUGACACUGAGUCCUGGGGGAGGGAGCCGCUGUGCCGAGGGACGGGGAGGAACGGUGGCAUCCUCGCUCACAGCCUGGGCUCACCCUGCUCACCCGAGCCCCGUCCGGGGCCCUCAGAAAGGCCGCCCCUGGGAGAGCGCCCUGGGGCACCGGGCAAGGGCCUUCACCUGCCGUGGGCGCGCCAGUGACUUGCGAGCCCCUUUGCCCUCCGAGGCCGGUGUGGCCGCUUCCCUUGUAUAUAUAGUUCUUCUCUAGUAAGAGGCCAAAUAGUUAAGCUCAUCUCUUCCCAGGGAGAGCGAGCCCUGCUCAGGCCUCCAGUGUCGCCUGGCCGCGCUGCCAGACUGAGGGCCCACCCAGGGGACACACAGGAGGGUGGCCUGGGGAGGCUUUGCUCUUUAACUGUGCCUUUUCUUAGGAUCCGGGCAGGAACGAGGCCCAUAAUUUAUUGCUUUCUACCCUGUGGUAUGUUGGUGUGCUCGCGCGCGUGUGUGUGAGUGUGCUGUUGUUGAUUUCCCUCCUGGGAGGAACGUCGUGGACUCCGUUCAGGUACUUUUGUGGGUUGUCUUGCUGGCCCCGUGGUUGUCACUAAUGUACACACGUUUCGUUAUUUGCCAAUGGUGUAAUAACCACUGCUGACCAACCAA